AUGAGCGACGAGGGCAGGAAGGACACCUCCCACUUCGACCACACCAUCAAGCUCCUCCUGGUCGGCGACAGCGGCGUCGGGAAAUCCUCGUUGCUCCUCCGGUUCUGCAACGACACCUUCGAGGAGCUCUCGCCGACGAUCGGCGUCGAUUUCAAGCUCAAGUACAUGGACAUGGCCGGCAAGCGCCUGAAGCUGACGGUGUGGGAUACCGCCGGGCAGGAGCGGUUCAGGACCCUGACCUCCGCCUACUACCGCGGAGCUCAGGGGAUCGUGUACGUCUACGACAUAACCCGCCGCGACACCUUCGAGGCUCUCGCCGAGGUGUGGAGCAAGGAGGUCGAGAUGUACUCCACGGUGGACGAGUGCGUCAAGAUCGUCAUCGGAAACAAGGUGGACAAGGCGAAAGGCGGGCGCGAGGAGGGAUGGGUGACGCGCGAGGAGGGCGAGACGUUCGCCAGGGAGAGCGGCUCGCUGUUCCUGGAGUGCUCCGCCAAGACCAAGGUGAGCGUCCGGGAGGCGUUCGAGGAGCUGGUGAAGGGGGUGAUGGAGACGCCGAGCCUGAUGGAGGAGACGGCGAACAAGGACAGCGUGAAGCUGGGCGGCUUCCGCGCCCAGAAGGGACCGUGCUGCUGA